AUGCGCUAUAUAGAAGAGUAUCCGGAAUUAGAAGUGCAGUUCAAAAAAAUCAUACAAAGAGUUCAUGAUAAAAGUGAAAAAAGUGUUAUACAUAAAAAAAGUUCUAUACAGUGUGAAGAUGUGGUGAAGGAUUUUGAGAAGGCUGAUGAGGAUGAUAUGAUGUUUUUAGACAUUGAAAUGCCAGUUGACGAAAUUGUGAUAAACAAUGAAAUCCCGGUUAAUGAGCCUGAACGGGAAAAUGUACCUCUUGAAAAAAAUGACAUGGUUGACACAGACCGGGAAUAUGAAACAGCGGCUGAAAUGCCAGUUGACGAAAUUGUGAUAAACAAUGAAAUCCCGGUUGAUGAGCCUGAACGGGAAAAUGUACCUCUUGAAAAAAUUGACAUGGCUAACACAGACCGAAAAUAUGAAACAGCGGCGGAACUGUUUGCAAACACAAAAUUCAGUGGGAAAGUUAUAGGUAUUGAUGUGGACUUGGAUGAUGUUUUAAAAGACCUAGAACAAAAGGGUCUUGGAGAAAAAAUUUAUUCAGAACCUGCGGAACUGUUUGCAAACACAAAAUUCAGGGGGAAAGUUAUAGGUAUUGAUGUGGACUUGGAUGAGGUUUUAAAAGACCUAGAACAAAAGGGUCUUGGAGAAAAAAUUUAUUCAGGACCUAAGAAACCAAACAUCAUUGCUGAUGAAAUACUACGCGGUAAACAUGUUUCGAUAAUUUCUGGCAAAAAGGAAAAAUCAAACAAUCAAAAAAAACGCAGUAAAGAUGACAAUGGUGAGAAACAGAGGCCAGUAUCACCACUGGCAAUGCAUAAGUCCGGGAAAUACGGUAAAAAAAUAAUAGCCACAGAUGAUGACAAUGGAGAAGAAGAAGAAGAAGAUGACGUGGUUAUAUUGAGUCAAUCGUCAACGUCUUCGUCAUCAUCCGGUUCAUCAUCAUCGUCAUCGGGGUCGUCAUCAUCGGCUUCGCCUUCAGACCCACCCACUAUUAUGAAUGAGAAUAAUGUUGCUGAAAAAUAUGACGAAGAACAUCAAUAUCGCCCUAAAGCAGGGUCUUCAAAGCCAAAAAAUGAGUCUGUAGAUAUUACAGAUUUCUGCGUUGACUGCGAGGGAUAUCAAUGCCCAAAUAAAGCAGCAACGCCAUAUCGUCAAUUUUGUAAAGGCUGUCAUGAAAAAUGGCAGAUGGGUGAACAACCACAUAUCCCACAACCAUCACCAAUGCCCAAUCCAAUUUUUGAAAAACGACAACAACUUGUAGAUGAUAGAAUAAAAUGUUUACAAGACCAAAUACGUGAGCUCGAAGAAUCAUUGAGUCACGUAAAAUGCGAUCUCUGUGGUGGAGAACCCAUUGUCAAUGAAUUUGGUCAUUGUGAACACUGUGCCCAAUUAAUAGAUUAA